AUGGUUCACUCAAAAUCAAAUAUUAAAACGCUAAAUUCUCUCUCUAAACUCUUCCUUUCUUUCUCUCUCCUCCUAUACACCGCCAUUGUCGACGAUGGCGUUUUCAUGUCAAAGCUGGCGAAGUCACUUACACCAACUCCCUCAGGGUGGAUGGCGACCACAUUCUGCAGCUGGAACGGCGUGAAAUGUGACGGUUUUAACCGCGUUACAUCGAUCAACUUAGCUUCCAAGUCACUCAACGGAACACUGCCUUCCGAUCUGAAGGUAAUGGAGAAAGUGGAACUACUCAACCAGCAAGUUUUGGCAGUGCACCGAGUGGAAGUCCGUCGGAAAAGUCAAUGGGCUCAUUGUUGUAGGACUUAA